AAUAUGUUUUACAAUUAAUUAUGUAGAAAACGUAUUCUCAGAAUAUGUUUUACAAUUAAAUGUAAGAAAACAAAUCCUCUUCUUCUCCAUUUCAUUUACUCGUUUCAGCAAAACAAAGAGUAGAAAGCAAGCAGAAAGGGGAAAAAACCUUUGGAAGAAAAAAAACUCGAUCUCAUCCUUACCCCGGCGUGAAUCGACAACACCGACACGAGCCUCCUUUCCGGUUAACUCAUUCGCAAGAGGUAUAUUGACUUAUCUCAACUUUUUACAUCGUUUAGAGUUGUUUGGAGAUUGGGAAUUG